UUUGUAAUUAUUGGAAAUUGACGACGAGCAAGAUCUAAAAAUACCGAAAAAAAAAACGCCCCUUGUAUUUAAAUCUAUCACACGGCCCCCGUAGUCAAAACAUCCGGCAAGAACUGUCAAACGAAUCAAACUCCCUAAAUUUAGGGACUUUUAAAACAAAUCGUAGCUCGUGUCAUACCUGUGUGUCACUUCAUUUUUGUGGUUGAUUGAAAUUCAAAUAAAAAUUGAGAAUAAACUCACAAAUAUAUUCUUAUCAGUGAAAGUAUAAAAACAUGGCUACAGCAAGCACAACUUCGCCCCCAAGCACCCCCGACAGCGACUCUCUUGCUAAAAAAAACAAACUAGGUAAAUGUGAAGUCUGCGCCAACCGAGACUCCAAAUACUGUUGCCCCCGAUGCGAAAUCAAAACAUGUUCCUUAAAAUGCAACAAAAUCCACAAACUCGAGGUGGAAUGCAGCGGAGUGAGAGACCGGACGAAGUUUAUCCCAGUGAACAAAUUCACGAACUUGGAUUUGUCGAGCGACUACAGGCUUUUGGAGGAGAUUUCGAGGGUGGUGGACGUUUCAAAGAAAGCGAGGUGUAAUUUGAGAUUUGGUUUAAGCAGGCGGUUUUUGUUGCUGCAGCAACAGGCUUUACAAAGGAAAAUCUCGCUGAAGUUUUUACCAAGGACUUUUGCUAGGCACAAAAACAACAGCUCCAUGUUUAAUACUGGAACAAAAAUAAUUGAGUGGCAUGUGGACUGGGUUUUUGUUAAUAGUGAGAAUUUUAAAGUGAGCGAGGAGAGGGUGCCUGAAAACGGCCGGAUUAGCUCAAUUCUUAGUAAAUAUUUGGCGAAGCAGGAGAGUGAGGAGAUGCAGGAGAAGCUACAGUAUUAUCAAGCCGCAGAUUUACCAGGUAUAAGAAUUCUCUUGAAAGCGGAACAAAAAAGUGGUAAGAAAUUUUACGAAAUCGACCCCACAUACACACUGAAGGACUGUUUGAGGAACAAAAUAAUCAUUGAAUAUCCUACUAUUCACUUAGUCUUAAAAGAUCAAGCACUUUUUUAUGAUAUAGUGGAUUCAGAUGACGAGGAAGACUGUAAAAAAGAGCUUCAAAAACAAAUAAAGAGUGGACAAGAAGUCAUUAAUAAAAUCAUCAAGAAAUCUGAAAGUGAGGAUGGGUUGUACGAAUCACUGAAAAAUUUCUUGUUUAUUUCCGAGUAUUCUGAUGAAGAAGGGGAGUCAGAGGGAGAAUGAAGCAAAGUAAAUUGUUGAUGAUUUUGCGCCAUAAAGAAAAGGUUUUGUUGGGAUAAAAUUGAUUCACGUUUUAGUUAAUAAUUUUUAAAAAUUUUUGAAACAGGAUUGUUUAUUUUCGUCGUUUUAAAAAUUGUUAUAUUUCGAACUGACUGGUGCUUGGAUAUCGAUUUAUGCGAUGGUUGUGGUUAGGCAACCCAGAAUACACCUCGAUGUGAGGAAAAUAGAAAACGAUGGUCGACAUUAAUGUAUAUUAUUAUUUCUUGCAGAAAUAUUAAUACUUUGACACGAGUACAACACACAGAUUUAAAUUUUAACAACAGAAAUAUAUCUACACAUUUAUUAUGUAAAUAAAGUCGGAAUUUAGCUAA